CCUGAGUCUCCUCCAACCUCCCCGUGAAGGCCAGUGGAGCCAGAAUGGAGGACACUUAUGAUAACAGGACUUCCCUAGUGAAGGGGGCCAAGGACAUGGCCAGAGAGGCCAAGCGGCACGCGGUGAAGAAAGUCAACAAGGUGGUGGACCGCGCCACAGACGAGUACUCAUCUCACCGCAACUACAGCCGCUUCCAGGAUGAGGAGGACGAUGACGGGGACUUCUACAGGAACCCCCCUAGGCAGGAUGGAGGAAGCUACCAUGACAAUGAGGAAGGAUCCAGUGAUGCCACAGAGGGCCAUGAUGAUGAGGAUGAGAUAUACGAGGGCGAGUACCAGGGGAUACCCUCGGCAGGAGAUGGGAAGCCCAGGGAGGGCCAGGUGGCUUUGGGGCAGCCGGUGUCGGACGCCAUGAGGGACCGUAAGGAGCUGGAGCAGGAGAGGCAGGCAGACGAGGAGGAGCUGGCCCAGCAGUAUGAGCUGAUCAUCCAGGAGUGCGGUCAUGGGAGGUUCCAGUGGCAGCUAUUCCUGGUUCUGGGGCUUGCACUCAUGUCUGAUGGGGUGGAGGUGUUUGUGGUGGGCUUCGUCCUGCCUAGUGCAGAGACUGAUAUGUGUGUACCCAACUCCAGCUCCGGAUGGCUAGGCAGUAUUGUGUACUUGGGCAUGAUGGCGGGGGCAUUCUUCUGGGGAGGAAUGGCUGACAAAGUGGGCCGCAGACAAUGCCUCCUCAUUUGUAUGUCCACAAAUGGCUUCUUUGCCUUCCUGUCGUCUUUUGUCCAGGGAUACGGCCUCUUCCUCGUGUGUCGUCUCAUCGCCGGCUUUGGGAUAGGGGGUGCCGUGCCCAUUGUUUUCUCAUACUUUGCAGAGGUGUUGUCCAGGGAGAAGAGGGGCGAACACCUCAGCUGGCUCUGCAUGUUCUGGAUGAUCGGAGAGAUCUAUGCAUCUGCCAUGGCCUGGGCCAUCAUACCGCAUUAUGGUUGGAGCUUCAGCAUGGGUUCAGCCUAUCAAUUUCAUAGCUGGAGGGUGUUUGUGGUGGUCUGUGCCCUUCCGUGUGUGUGUGCUGUGGUGGCCCUCACUUUCAUGCCCGAAAGUCCCAGGUUCUAUCUUGAGGUGGGGAAGCAUGACGAGGCUUGGAUGAUCCUCAAACAGAUCCACGACACCAACAUGCGAGCGCGUGGGCAACCGGAGAAAGUCUUCACUGUAAACAGGAUCAAGAUCCCAAAGCAGCUGGAUGAGCUGGUGGAAAUGGAGUCAGAGUCUGGAAACCCUGUCUCCAAGGUUCUCUUCAGGAUCAAGGCUGAAAUACAUGGGAUCUAUCUGAAUCUCAUGAAAUGUUUCAACUACCCAAUGCGAGAGAACAUGACGCGGCUCGCCAUAGUGUGGUUCACAUUGUCAUUUGGGUACUACGGCCUGUCGGUCUGGUUCCCUGAUGUCAUCAAACACCUUCAGGCAGAUGAGUAUGCAUCCAAAGUGAAGACCCACAACGGUGAACGCAUUGAGGACUUCACCUUUAAUUUCACUCUGGAAAACCAGAUACACACCAAUGGCCUCUUCAUCAAUGACAGGUUCAUCAGUAUGAAGAUGAAGUCAGUCACCUUCGUCGACUCGACUUUUCGUAACUGCAUCUUUGAUGAUGUGACAUCAGUGGGCUCCUUCUUCCGUAACUGUACUUUCAUUGGAGCAUUCUUCUUCAACACGGACAUUGAUGAUUCCAAGCUGAUUGACGGCACAGAGGUGAUCAACAGCACCUUCACUCACAACAAGACGGGCUGCCAGAUGACAUUCGAUGACGACUACAGUGCCUACUGGGUCUAUUUCAUCAACUUCCUGGGGACCCUGGCUGUCCUGCCUGGCAACAUUGUCUCUGCCCUUCUCAUGGACAAGAUUGGACGUUUGUCCAUGCUUGGUGGGUCCAUGGUCCUGUCAGGCAUCAGCUGUUUCUUCUUGUGGUUUGGCACCAGUGAAUCCAUGAUGAUCUUCAUGCUGUGCCUUUACAAUGGCCUGAGCAUCUCAGCCUGGAACUCCCUGGACGUUGUCACGACAGAGUCCUUCCCUACUGACAGGAGGGGAACAGGCUUUGGCUUCUGCAACGCUCUGUGUAAGCUGGCUGCAGUGCUGGGGAACCUGAUUUUUGGCUCUCUCGUUGGCAUCACCAAGGCCAUACCCAUCCUCAUGGCCUCGUCUGUGCUGGUUGGGGGAGGCCUGGUGGGUCUGCGGUUGCCUGACACCCGGGCUAACGUCCUUAUGUAAACACCAGCAUGGCACUCCUCCUUGGCUGUGGUAAAACCUAGAUAAAACCUGGCUUAAACCAAGAGGAAGAAGCCCAGGGAGUGUUGAGCAAGGAGUGCAAAGGGCUUGGUUCAUAAGUAUCUAAUACAAUCUCUCAGAUUUGGCUCAUGCACCUUCUUCAAGGUGUAAGGCAAAGUUUGAUCGCAAACCCACCUUUACAAUACAAUGCUGUGCAUUCUUUUACCACCAAACUGGACACAUUAGAAACAUUAGAUCACACAUAUGUCAAGAGUAGCCUCAGUCAUUUAGUGAAUGUAUUAUCAGAGGAUUUUCAGAGGAUUUAAAACACAUAUUCAUAAAGUUGCAGUGUUCCGAGGUUGCAGAAGUUUUUGGUGUUGAGACUUUGGUUGAGUUUUGCUCAGAGUGAGUGGUUACAGCUUUGUGUGGAGUCGCGGCAUGGCUGGAGCUCAAGCCUGUUAAUAUUGAUACAGUCUUAUUAAGACAAGCCAGAUGGAGAAGAAAGUGAAAAACAAGCUGUAAUGAGCCCAGCCAACCUGCUGUGUGACAACGGAGGGAAUAGAUGAUCAGACAGAGCGGACACACGACACAGCUGUAUGACAGCUGGCUUGCCCACACGACCCACAUGCACAGGACAUCCUGUACAACUAUUGAUAGUGAACACACACAGAAAGUCACACAUACCUUGUAUAUACACAGACUCGUAUCUUAGAAUAGACAGGCAUCAUAUGCACUUUCCUGCACUCACACUCGCAUAUAUACCCCUCUCUGUCUUUCAAACCGUUGUACAGAUAGACAAACACACAUCUCAUACGCACAGAAGACCCGGCUGCACUCAGUCCAGUAGAUCAUAAUGCACAAAUCUAUUUUUUCAGCAUGACUUUUGCUCAGGCGUUUCCAGCCUAUUUACAGUAGAUGGACACAGGACACCAAGCCCUUUGCAUUAUCUACCGAACCAAGAAUAAAAAAGGCCAUAUUGAAAAACUGUAUUUUGUUGUACCACUAAGUGUAUGGUAUGUUGAGUCUGGGGAUGUUAACUUUAUUUAUUGCUGUUAUUAUAAAGAUUGCAAUCAUGAAUUAUUCAUUUUGUCCAAAUGCUGUAAUUCCAGCUCUCCUUCCAUGUGUUGUAUUAUUGUACAAAGGCUCUCUGAGGAGGGCUCUCUCUGAUUUAGCAUUGUGUUGGGUCUCGCUUGUGGCAGUGACAUUGAUAUUGAGAUGUCAUACUGCUUCCUUUUCAAAAUUCUGAAUGGCCUUUUUUAAAUGUGCCUCUCCUUAACUGGAGCUUUCUCCCCAUAGUCAAGAGGUGUCCAAAGGUUAUAAGGAAUGGACGGGAAAUGGAUAGGAAGCAUAGAAAAAAUGAUCCUAGUGUGUUGGUGUCUAUAUGUGGAACUAUAUGUGGCCAAUAUACAGUAUUAUAUGAGGUGGUGAACUUAUUUUUUUGUGCUUUCCCAACCCUAAUCUCUUUCUGUUGGACAUAUGUGAUGUGGGAAAAAAAGAUUAUUCUGCUCUGAUUCUGAGAAAAGCCUUAUUCCAUCCUGAUAUUCACUCUUAUACCAUAAAUCACAAGCAAACAAGUAAUCAUAACGCUUUUUUUUAGCCUUUCAAAAGAAUCACUGACACAGUGAAUGCUUGGUGGGAAAUUGAAAUCCUUAGCCAAGUCAGUGUGACAUUACUGGCAUAGCCCUUGUCUCCAUGCAAUCAUAUUAAUUUGUUUAUUUAUUUAUUUAUUUUUUACAGUGAAUUUAAGCAUUUGUCCAAAAUAAGAAUAUAAUUGUGUGACAUACUAUGCAUUACUGCAAAGUAAUAAAGUAAACUGCAACCGCCUCCUUAGGAAGGGUAAUAGUUUGCACCUCUGACAAAAAUGUCUCUAAGGGGAACUUUUAGGCUUUGUUGAGUUCCCUGCUAUCUAAAAACCUCUGAACAACACACUGUGCUUCAGUGUUACCUUUCUAUAUUCACUCAUAAAUUACAUCUGCAUAGUUUUUUAUACAUGAAGCUUCCGAAACAAAUGCAAAAUUGAAUGAUAAGUUCGAGCUCUGUCAUUUGUCACUGAUGUCUAGACCAGGCUUUUUGCCCAAAAUGUGUCAUUAUUUCAUUUUCAGGACACAUUUAUGCUUACUUGUCAUAUAUCUAUCGUCCCGUGCCAGCAUCACAGUGUAUACCGCUAUAGAUAAUAUUCCUUUUUUUCAGGAUGUCAGAAUGCCACCCAGAUUUUAAGUUGGCACCAUAUUGGCACUGCUUAGAAAGUUUAACAAGCCAUUAGUUGUAUUCAUUUUCCAACUCUCAUAUAUUUUGUGCCUGCAGUUUGUAUUUUCUGUGGCUAACUGCCUGUGUUCUCCUGCAUUUCUCUGUAUUUGUGGUUAUCUGUGAUCGCAGCGUAGAGGUAGUGUGCCCUUGUACUGCAGCUGGCUUUCUCAAGGCUAUUCAGUGAAAAACCACAGGCUUCCAAGUGGUACAUAUGUGUAUAUUUCCUCGAACCUCAUCUUUUCCUCAGAUUUUGUAAAAAUCACUUGGUGAGAUUGGAUUAAGUGUGCUGCUAGUGUGCAACAGAUAUUUUUGACCAUAUGAUUUGACUAUUUUUGAAAUGAAAGUAUGGCAUACAAAUUCUAUGUAGAUGUGGUAGUACUGGCAGAUCAAAGCAAUGACAUUAGCCCAGUGUCAAACCAAAGCUGAGUCCUGUUGCUCCCUCGGUGGCGUUAUGCUGUCAGUAGGAUGCAAAAACAACACAGGGACUGCAUCCGUAUGGCUCUGGGUGUGUUUAAACCUUGCGUCUUAAUUAGGCAGAACUACUACCUGUUCUAUUUUAUUGAAGAGAAAUUAUAUAUUACUUGUUUUGUUUGAAGUAUCUGGGGUAUUGCUUAUAUGUACUGUAUUUGUGUGUGCUUGUGUGUGAGUGUGUGAGUGCGUGUAUACACACAAAUGUGGGCCUAUGUUUGCAUUCUCAUGUCUGUAAAUAGUGUACAUAACAAAGCUGAUAUUGGUGGACCUCUGGGUUAAACGUGUAAAAGCUCCUCGAUCGGCUCACGUGUCUCCUGCUUUGUCUAAGCGAUAAAUCCAUCCUGUGUAUCUCUGUUGUACAUCUCUUUGUGUCCUUGGCUUUACGCCCCAUGUCAUUCGCUACUGUGUGUGAAAACAAACUUGCAUGUGUGUAGGACAACUUCUGUUAUUUUGUGCUCAACUUUGUGUUUCUUAUUGUAAAUUCUUCUGGUAGAAAAUGAUGGCAAUAUUCUGAUUUUUGUUGAGGAAAAAAAAGUGAAUGUAUCACUCUUGUUGGGUUUUGUUCAUCCGUUUUAUGGAGGUAAACAAAUGUGUGUGGAGAAUAAAGUUGUGUAUAUUAUUGUGAAGGGCAUGCCAGUCAUAGGAUGGCUGUAUGUUCAAAGGUCCAUGAGUGUGAAAAUAUGUGAAGAUUAUAUAUUUGCCAAAUGAUGCCCUGUGAAUAAUCUUAAAAAUUCGGAAAGGCAGGGAUUGCAAAC